AUGUUUAAUUCGUCAACAUCAUCGCUCUCAGUUGUACGUCAUCUACUUUCUGAAAGUAAUCCUUCACCAUCAACGAUUUGGAUCGUUAAUGAACGAAAUUCGACAUUGAUCAAUUCUGACACAACUCAAACAUCUAUUCGAAUCAUGUGGUAUCGUUUCUUACUCGUUAUUAUUAUCUUCAUCACUGCCGCCGGCAACUUACUCGUCUGUCUCGCCAUCGCUCGUGAACGAAAAUUACAAAACACAACUAAUUAUUUCCUUAUGUCAUUAGCUAUAGCCGAUUGUCUCGUCGCUAUUCUUGUCAUGCCAAUAGGAAUGAUCUCGGAAGUGUUAGGAUAUUUUCCAUUACCACACUAUGCCUGUGUGAUUUUCGCUACGAUCGAUGUUCUAUGUUGUACAUCGUCCAUAUGGCACAUGAGUACAAUGUCAAUGGAUCGAUAUUUUACUAUUCGUUUUCCGUUUCGUUACGGAAGAAAUAAGACUCGGCGAAUUAUGCUAUUGAAAAUCAUUGCUGUCUGGGCGAUAAGUGCGGCCGUGUCGUCUCCGGUGUUUGUUUUGGGUAUUGUCGAUAAAACUAAUGUUUUAUCCGACGGUGUAUGUGCACCAACGAAUCCAUCGUUUAAAAUUUAUGGGUCGAUUUUUGCUUUCUAUAUUCCGUUCUUAAUCAUGAUUACAACUUAUGCGUUGACAAUGCGUUCGUUAAGAAAUGUUUUAGUUAACAAAAAGAAAUACGAUCGUGAACGACGACGAAAACAAACAUUCCGACCAUUAGCACAAAUUAUAAAUCAAUACGCUGAAAUUGCUCAAGGUAUUCGACGGACAUCAUCAACAAAAAAGUCUUCCGUCCCACCGAUCGCAACAACAUCACCAAAUUCGAUUUUAAACAAAACACCUUUCACCAUCGUAACUUCAACAUCACCAACCGACUCUCGUGCGCAAUUCUUCUCUCCAAACCAAUCCAACGGAAACUUACAACAGGACGAACAUCCAACAAAUCCCAUCAAUGAACAUCAUAAUUCUCAACAUUUGUCAAUUAGUUACUUGAAACAUACGGGGAGCAAAAAACGACGUUAUCAACAGCAACAACAACCAGCGUUGUCAUUAAAUCCAACGAAAAACAGCGCUGAUAUGAGUACAGUUUACGAAAUAACGGAAAAUUCUAAAUCAACAUCAAGUUCCUACGAUGUGUCAGCGAUUGUUGCCAAUCUUAACAAGAGAAGAUCUUUAGUCGCUAGUGAAUUACAAGUUAUCGAACAGGAUAAACCAAUACGAACGGUAAUCACUCCGAUUCCUUGUGAAAUCAAUGAAAACGCACCUGUGGAUGAAGAAGAGUCCAGUUCCACAUUGGACAUCGACAACCGAAAUCAGACACACAACACUCUCUAUGUGCAAAUCGCAUCGGCAUCUCAACAUUCGUCAUUGUCAUGUUCGAAUGAAUCGAUCCUAUUAACAAUUCCAUGGAAAUAUUGCAUGGAAAUCAUUGAAUUCAUUCGUCAAUAUUAUAUUUUCUUUUUUCCUUAUCGAUUAAAUCCACUUCCUAUUGAAGAUUCAUUGAAAUUUCAUCAAUCAACAUCAACACCAUUAAUAUAUAUUAGAUCGAUUCGACAACAUCGUCAUGCUUCCACGCAAACCAAUUCUCCCACUGAAGUCAACAUUCCAGUGAAUGAUUACGCACCAGCUCCGUCGAAACGUCGAUUAUUUCCAUUCAAUCGUCAACUUCUAUCGAAUUCCACAUUGAUAUUAGCCAGUCUCUUUCGUCAAUCUCCGGUGACACGUGUUCGUCUAAGUGAAAGUUCAACGAAAUCAACUGUUCUAUUUGCUCAACGUUUUUCUGCAACUUCCUCAUCUACUCAACCGCGUUAUCAUCCAUAUUCUUCCAGUUUUCGUCGUCGUCGUCCAUUGGAAUCAGAAUUAGAAUCAACGGUGCCCUUCGAACAUCGUCCACGAGCUUCAACAGCUUCAUCUUGUCUUGCGCCAACAACGAAUCGACAACGAAGUUAUACCACAAGUCAUUAUUACAAACCAUUACGACACCAUUACCAAUCUCAAUCAGCUUAUGUUAUCGCAAAUUCUCCGAAAUCGUUUCAUCAAUUAAGUUCGACAACAACGAAUACAAAUUCUUCGGAUUCAUCAUCGGUUAUGUAUCGUUAUCAAUCAAAAUUUUUAACCACAGUUUCCAAUCACCAACAACAUCAUCAUCAUCGCGUGAGAGUUGAAGAUAUUGUUGCUGCCAAUGAACGCAAAGCUCUUCGAGUUCUAAUGAUUAUCUUCUGUGUUUUCAUUACCUUGUGGACACCGUUUUUUAUCUGUACAUUUAUCUCCGCUGUGUGCGAAGAGUGUCGGAAGAAUUUGUCGGCGAAUGUCUGGUUUUACAUUACAUGGCUCGGUUAUAGUUCAUCAAUGGCAAAUCCAUUUAUAUACACAAUCUUCAGCGAUGUUUUCCGACGUGCAUUUUUGAACAUAAUCUUUUGCCGAAGCAAUGAACUACUCAUCUCCAGACAAUUGUCAACGAAAUCUUCGUAUCCGAAAGGUGGAAAUCAUCAUCAUAAAAACGAUCGUAUAUCGAAUCGACGACACUUGACUCAUGAUGUGUCGGGAACGUCGACACCGAUACCUUUUCAUUAUCCGGCGAUCAUCGGGGGAAGUGAUGCAACGAUUUAUGUGAAUCGAUGUACUUCAGAUACACUUCGGUGA